AUGUUUACACAUAACGCUAGUAACCUUSCUAGUGAUGCAUUUGAAACAGAAACUAUCAACCAUAUAUUAACAUGCAUUAGUAAAAUUAAUCUAAACAGUUUAUAUCACAUUGCUGGAAGUACAACCAAUAUGUUGUUAAAAAAUUGUUGCAAAGAAUGUGCGAUUAAGUUGCAGCAAAAUGUACCUAAUGAUGAACUGUUUGAAAAAGGAGGCAUAAGACAUUCAAAUGUAACAGAUACUAUCCUUUACAUGAUUGCAAAAGAUAACAUGCCUCUGAAUGCAAUUGAAAAACCUGGGUUACUUAAACUUUUAAAAGUAACAGUGCCUCUAUACAAACCACCAAAACGGAAACAUUUAACCAAAUUGAUGGAUCAAAAAUUUGAAGCAAUGGUCGUAAUAGUUAAAAUACAGUUAAAUAAAAUAAAAUGUAUGUCAUUAACUGCAGACAUUUGGACAGAUUCACAUACCACUACAUCAUAUUUAGGAAUUACUGCACAUUUUAUAGAUGAAUCCCGACUUCUUUCAAUUACACUUGGACUGGCAGCAUUGGACAAAUCACACACAGCAUCUUAUAUCUCUGAGAAGUUUGAAGACACAUUGAACUUCUGGGAGAUAUCAAAGGAUACUAUCAUUGCAGUUAUUACAGACCAUGCUAAUAAUAUGGUAAAAGUUGUGAAAGAUAGCUUUGGGAAUAAUAAAGCCUUACAAUGCUAUGCCCAUUGCUUAAAUUUAUUGGUCGAACAAGCGCUCCAAGAUUCACCAAAUAUAUCUCUCAUAAUAGACAAAGUAAAGAAGAUUAUAACCUACUGCAAACAAAGUGUUAAGGCAGCUGAUGUUAUUAAAAAAAUUCAAAAAAGUAAUAGAAAAACCGAAAGUACAGUAUUAAAACUUAUACAGUCCUGUCCCACAAGAUGGAAUUCUAUUUUUUUCAUGUUGGAAAGAUUUCUUGUGCUAUCAGAAACUAUAUCAAGAGCAUUAUUACGACUAGAAAACUCACCAACGAUGUUAACUAGACCAGAGUUAUCAGUCAUAUCUGAAGCUGUAACUUUACUUCGUCCAUUUGAACUAGCAACAAAAGAAUUUUCAUAUGAAAUGCACGUAACUGCAAGCAAAAUAAUACCAUUACGAACCAUGCUCAGUAAAAAAAUUUACGAUAUUAAAUGUUCUACAGAUGAAGGUAAGCAGUUACAGGAGCGAUUAAAAAUUGAAUUUGCUAAACGUUUUGAUAAAGUAGAAAAAAAUAUGAUACUGGCCACAUGUACCAUUAUGGAUCCACGAUUUAAACGCAUGCAUUUCAGUGGUCCACUAAAUGCAGCAAAUGCUGUGAGUGAAGUUCAAAAACAGAUUAAAAAAAUAACAAAUGAACCUGUCCCAGAAGAUCCAGUUAUCAAUGUAACCACUCUGCAAGAUACACAUAGCUUAUGGGGAGAGCAUGAUAUGGAAGUAAACACUCAAGCAUCAACAUCAAGUUCAAACUCUGAUGAAAAUGUGUUAACUGGACUGAAACUGAAUUUGAUUACAAAUGUAGAAAAUCGUUCUUCUUCACCAAUAGAGUAUUGGGAAAGUUCUUCAUAUCCAGGUCUAUCGCAAGUGGCUAAGAAAUAUUGUUGUGUUCUUGCAUCAUCUGUACCGUCUGAGCGGUUAUUUUCGAAAGUUGAGCUUCAGCAAGAUGCACAAUCACCACUAAGUGAUCUCUUAGUACCUAAUCUAAAAGGUAAAGUUCCUAUUAACUGGUCACCAGAGGCUAUUACGGCGUUUGAAAAAUGCAAGGAGGAACUCGCCACAGCUACGCUUCUCGCACAUCCAUGCGACAAUGCUCGACUGGCUAUUGUAAGCGAUGCUUCAAACACCGCGGUUGGCGCAACUCUUCAACAGUUCAUCAAUAAGGAAUGRCAACCUCUCGCCUUCUUUUCUAAGAAGCUUACAGUGACUGAGACAAAAUACGGAGCUUACGAUCGAAAACUUCUUGCAAUCUAUCUUGGUGWCUAA